ACCGUACAUUCACCUUGUCCCCGGAAUUGCACAGUUGUCAAUUACGACCUUCUCCUGUCAAAGACGCGUCCAACUCAAUGUUUGACAACGACCAGUUUGUCGCUGAUCUGUCUGAAAGUUUGUCCAUGGCUCUUCGAAGCAAAACCACGCUUGGAUUGGCGAAGAAAGCUCUGGAAGACGAGAAUUUUAAUCUUAAGCAGUUACUUCUGUCUGAACGCGAGAAAUUCCACGCGUUGGAGCUGAAAUAUGCACAGUCUGUCGCGAUGAAAUUGGAACGCGAACAGGCCCAGGGGAGUAGCGUCCUUGUGAAUGAGUUGGAGGACGCUCGAGCUCAGCUCACGACUAAAGAUGAUAGGAUACAUGAACUGGAAGCCGAACUCGCACAGGUACAAGAGACGUGUUGCGAACUCUCAAACCAGGUUCAACAAGUUCAGAUGGAAGCUGAACAACAUCAGGAAGUCUCGGAUGCGAAGCUCGAGAAACUAUGUCAGGACAUGAAUCACUCACUGACCAACGCCAGCAUGGAAGCAAUGGAGUCUGAAAACAAGAUGUUUGAGUUGCAGACGAAGUUGCAAAUAAGUGAACAACAAAAUGCGGACGUACAGGCUCAGCUAGCUUCUAGUCAAUUGUCGUUGCUCUCUCUUCAACAGGAGCACGAAUCAGUCCUGCGUGUCUUGCAUCGAGACCAAGAUCAGGCUCAACAAGCGGUGUCAGAGCGAGACGCCAAAAUUGCAGAACUCCUGCAGUCGCUGGAGUCAAUCAAGGCCCAAUCUACUGCCAAGAGGAAUCCAAAUGAGGUCCCUGCCGUAGCUCAAACGUCCACUCAAGCGAUGCCACUAGGACAGAGAGAACAGACCACCGAAAGACGGUCUGCUGAACAAAAUGAGUCGAGCCAGGGAGCUUCUUCAAGUCAAGCACAAAGACUCACUUUGGUCAUUCCUAGAAGACCUACUACUAUUCAACUCUCAGCAACAUUUUCUGUUUGUCUCCCAUCUGCAAGACAAGAUACUUUCAAAGAUCAUCCCUCAUUUGUGCAUCUCUCUGAAGGUUUUCAAAAUCAUUCCUUCUCCAGGGGAUAUCUUAUGGACAAGCUUGGAGGUGCUUCUCAGGGCUUGGUAGCCAAGAUUGUCAACAAAAAGUCCUUGUCUGUGCUCCAUGGCCUUGGCUCUGGCCUCCUCUUUCCCAGACCUGAUUUGAACUGUUGGUUGCCAACAAUGCCAGGGGCUCAUGGCUAUAUGUUUGUUGGGCUUCAGGGAGGUGGAAAGGACCAUGAAAAAUUUCUCCAGCCUGCAAAGUGGUCACUAUUCCUUCCUAAAGACAAGAAAUCAUGGGAGUACUAUGGUGAAUAUGAAGUUCACAGAGUACCAGACCUUGAUCUCUCUUUGGAAGAGCGGCAGUCAUUUUCUCCUGAGUUCAGAAGGGGAUAUUGUGAGAUCACAGCUCAGAAGGCAGAUACAAAAGUGAAGCACCCACCUGAGUCCAAGAUCCUAGAGAUCCAGGAGAAGUAUGACCAGGGCCAGCUCAGAGUUCCUUGCACUUCUCUCAAGUGCAUAGGCUAUAACAGACAGCUAGUACUUGACCUUGUCACUCCACCAGCUGCAGAAGAUUCAAGCAAGAGGCCAAGGGAGGAAGCCUCUCAGGUUCAGCCAAGAGCCAAGAGAGUGAAAACUUCUAGUUUGCAGAUUCAAUAAUUUCUGGGAUUCAUUGCUUGUUUUCUUGUUGUAAUUGUAUUGAACCGGCCUUUAGAAUAACUGUACUAUCUUGCUAUUUGCUUGCUUUCCACCUAUUAAUUUUGUAUCAUACAACUGG